UUAUUAUUGAAGAUGGUGGUGUUGGGGAAUAUUAAAGGUGGUAAUAAUUUUAUUAAAAAGUUGUUGGAAUGUAUACCAUUUGGAGCAAUGGUGACAAUGGAGGGUUGCACUAUCAUCUUAACCAUUUGGGCUAAGACAGUUAUCACUAAUGGGAUGAGUCCAUUCGUUUUUGUGGUUUACACACAUGCUCUUUCUUCUAUUUUCCUCUUACCUUUUUCUUUCUUUUACCAUCGCAACGACAAAACUGAUGAAGAGCCAAUAUUCAACUUAAACUUCUUUCUGAGAAUCUUCCUUCUCGGAUUAACAGGGAUCACUAUACCUCAAAACCUGGCAUUUUUGGGCCUAUCUUACAGUUCUCCAAUUGUUGUUUGUGCCAUGGGUCUCACCUUUCCAUCUUUGUCUUUCUUACUCUCUAUACUCCUCAGAACAACAAAAGUAGAUUGGAGAAGUAGGAGCUUCCAAACAAAAGUAUGUGGUACAAUAGUAUCAUUGGUUGGAGCAACAAUGGUGGAAUUGUACAAGGGUCCACUUAUUAAAAACUCUUCAUCAUCUCUCCAUCUACCUAUGCUCUCUGCAGCCAAGAAAUUUUUAAUCUUUUCCACAAAUAAUCCACAGUAUUGGCUUCUUGGUGGCCUUUUACUGGCAGCUGCUAAUUUAUGUGUUGCCUUUUGGAACACUCUUCAGGCUGGAACUGUGAAACAAUACCCACAAGUGAUGAAAGUGGCAUCGUUUUACAGCACCAUUGGAACACUCCAAUCUGCUUUACUUUCAGCCCUAAUCUUCGAAACAGACUUAAAUGCUUGGAAGCUAAACCUUAACAGCACCGAACUCCUCCUUAUUGUUCUAACAGCAAGCUUUAUGGGUAUAAUCCGAAGUUGUGUUCAUCUGUGGUGCAUGAGGAUGAAAGGUCCACUAUAUGUGCCUAUGUUCAAGCCCUUUGGUGUUGUUUUUGCCACUAUUUUUGGUACUAGCCUCCCUGCUAGUACUCUUUGUUACGGAAGUGUGAUUGGAACGGCUAUAGUUGGAAUGGGGUACUUUACAGUGAUGUGGGGUCAACUAAACCAUGAAGAUGAAGUGAGUACUAAUAGUAAUAAUACUAAACAAUAUGAUGUUGAGUCACCUCCACAAGAGCAUAAUGAUGUUGAUGAUGAUGAUGAGAAUUAUAACGUCAAAACUCCUCUCUUAAAACCACAACAAAAUUACGUCCAAUAAUAAUAAUAAGGUUAUUGAUCUCUUCAUAUUAUUAUUGGGAAGA